AUGUUCUAUACAUACACUGAUCUGAAAUGGGUCUUUGAUCAAACUCUGGAAAAGUUCAAUUGGAAACCGAGCUCCUCGACUCCCAUUGCAAUGAUUACCAUACUUCCCGAAUCUUUUGAGGAUGGCUUUAAUGCCGGACUCGAUUCGCUUUUCCAGAAACAGGCCGUCUCCGACACCCUAGCUUCAUACAAAGCCCUCACACACGACCUGAAACGGUCCGUGCGAACUUGGCUUCCAGUAUUAAACGACCUUCCCAAGCAGGCCAGAAUGCUGAAAUCCAAGUGGGCUUGA